CACACACACACACAUCUUUACUUUUUCACUUAAGUAUUUUUCAAACUUUGUACCGGUUUGAAACAGUCGUGAAAUAACUCCUGCUUUUACCAGUCUUUCGCUAUACAACUUGUCCUACGUAGUACAGUGAGAACUUUUGACAUUUUUUGCAUGAACUGCCAAAACACUUUUUAAUUUAGAACCUAAAACAAGGUCCUGUUAUCCCAGAGAAUCAGAAAAAAUAAUUUUUUUUUAAGCAAAUAAAGGUACAGACUUUGAAACGUAACAACUCUUCUAGUAAAUCUGCAAUGCUGUCCCCUACCGGUGACUAAUAGACGUCCAGAGCGAACUACGCGUUGUUAAAAUUUGAAGUCUUAUAAUCAAGUCGCGAACCACUCAUCACAAUAACGUGUCGACGACAUGGUCGCAUUCGCUGUUCUUGGGCGAAAAGAAGGACAGCUGUCCAUCUGGAACUUGUCAUUUUUCAACGAAGGGGAUAAGGAAGUCCGUCCUUUCAGUUUCACUUUCCAAACGUCACAGACCGUGUGGGCAGUGCUUGGGUGUUGGCUUCUGCUCGAGCAUGUCUUUCAGCGCUAUUUUUCAUCAUGUUUAAAAGCGCUGGGGCGCGAAAAAUCAACAGAUGUAUUUCUACUCUGCAAAAAUGUCUGACCGCCGUGAAUAAUUAACCAGCUCGAGGCGAGGGCCAGCAUUACUUCUCUUUGAGGAGGGUGGCGUUUUUGUAGCCUGAUGGAUCUGCCGGGAGACGAAAUACUACUUCGAUUGUUCCACUGCUCCAAGACAGAAAUGUCGUGCAUGGAAAACCCCCAGACGUUUAUACGUCAACUCAGGGAUUACGACCUGAUUCCGGAAAUAUUCUACAAGAAAGUGGACCGCACCAAGAGCAAAGAGGCCUUGAAAAAAAACAUCUAUGAUUUUCUGGAUUGGUUGGAGCGGGAGCGACCAGAAUCCAUCAGGACGUUUUGGUGGUGUGUCUUGAAGGAAACCAUCACAAAUCAAUACCCGGCGCUGCACCAGUUGAGCAAAAGCCUCAAAGACGGCUCCUUUGACUUGGAUACACAGCCGUCGAAAAGCAACCCGCAGUUGGAGACCGACGUCGGGAAAACAAAGGCGCCGUCAGAAGAUGGUAUUGUAGAGCAGAGACAAGAAAUUCCGGUGCCCAAAAAGAAGAAACAGAAAACCAAACACGUGUGGAGCGAGGAGGAGCAGCCCUCGCAAUCGUGUCCGUCACCAAAUAAAAGUCACUUUAACAGCACGGGACAGGAAGAGAUGUCGGAUGUGAUGAAAACAAAGACGACGUCAGAAGAUGAGAAUGCAGCAAGCAGGGAAGAAAUCCCAAUUUCAAACAAAAACAACACACAGAAAAACAAGAGAAAGUGCAAAGAGGAGGAGACGCCCUCGCAAUCGUCUUUCACACCAAAGAAAAAGAAAAUGUGUUUUUCCUCUCCAGUUAAGGGAGGAAAAAAUGAGAUCUGGACGUGGCCCUUUUAUAAAUCCGACCUUCCUGUGACCUGUGGAAACUUACAAGGGACUUUGAAGAGAGAUGGUCUAAAAAAAGGGGAGCCAUCCAUUUUAUUCAACAAUAACUGGUUCACUCCCCCUGAAUUUGUAAAACUUGGAUGCAAAAGUAGCAACAAGAAAUGGGAGACAAACAUCAGAUGCAUGAACACGCCCCUUGCUCAGCUUCUGAAGGAUGGACAUCUGCAAAGUACGAAGUUAGAAUGGAAGAGCGCCAAUAAAUUAUUAUUCACCACGGAUAACAGCGCCGUAACAGAUUCCAACCAUGAGUUUAAAUCAAAACCAGAGAGUGAAGUGCAGCCUCAGGAGGUGGCCAGCAGUAGCCACACCACAAACACCGGCGUCUUCAAUGUGACAUGUGGAGCACUUGCUGGCAAACUAUACGAAAAGCGGUUUGCAUCAGGCACACAUGGAAAGAGCAUUCGCACCGACGCUGGUUGGAUGACCCCAGCAGACUUCAUGAAGGAGGCAUUAGACGACAAAGAUGCCUCCUGGAAGAAAGACAUCUUGUGGGAAGGCCAGUCGCUCUGUGUUGCUAUUCAAGAAAACCUCUUGACGAUUCACUCGCUGCUGUGUAUUUGUAACCUGUGCUGUCCAACCGAUAGUGAUCUGGAGAAAGAGAAAAAUGAUGAUGAGUGUUGUGUGUGUAAAAGUGGUGGAGACCUAGUUGUGUGUGAGCAAUGCCCACGUUCUUUCCAUUCAAAGUGCCACUUGCCUCACAUCGACGACAAUAUUUUGAGUGAUAAUAGGCCGUGGAUGUGCACCUUCUGCAUCUUCACAACAACUCAAGGAUGGUACUACUCUGACCAGUUGGAAAGCGAUGUAGUCCUGUCCAAACAAAUAUCCAAACACCUGUUGGAGUGCCAUUAUCUCCUCCUUUGUCUGUUAAGUGCUGAUGAUGAGCAACUUUUUGCAACAAACCCGUGUGUCAAUUUGAACGACUAUUCUGCUGUGGUCAAGACUCCCAUGUGGUUCUGCAAAAUUGCAGAAAAGAUCCAGAAGAACGACUACUGCUACGUUGGUGAAUUUGUAAAGGACGUCCAGCUCAUUUUCUCUAACAGUGAUUUGUAUAACAAGGAUAACCCCUCUUUCCUUAUCAAGGGAUCCAGACUGAAAAUGUUGUUUGAUGAAGAGUUUAAGAAGGCCUUCUAAAUUCACAAAGACAGGUUUCUGUGCACACCCCUGAGGUCUCGUUAAAUACAUAACCACUGGCCAC